AUGAAAAAGUGCAGCCGCAAGGUAUGGGCUGGCUUAGCAUUGUUAGCCUUGCCUGCAAUUGUAAGUGCAUCAUGCGCACUUCCUAGCACUUACAAAUGGACGUCCACUGGUCCACUGGCAAACCCCAAAUCUGGCUGGCUUUCACUUAAAGAUUUCAGCCAUGUUCCGUAUAAUGGUCAGCAUCUCGUCUAUUCUUCGACCGUGAACACAGCAGGUUCUUAUGGCUCGAUGAAUUUUGGCCUCUUUUCAAAUUGGACCAACCUCAGCACGGCCAGCCAAAAUGCUAUGAAUCAGGGCACAGUGGCGCCGACACUCUUCUAUUUCUCCCCCAAAAAGAUUUGGGUCCUUGCGUACGAAUGGGCUGCAACUCCAUUCGCGUAUGUCACGUCGAGCGAUCCUACCAAUGCAAAUGGUUGGUCGGCCUCGCAACCGCUUUUCAGCGGAAGCAUAUCUCCCGCAAAUCCUAUCGACCCGGCACUCAUUAGCGAUGGCAAGAACAUGUACCUUUUCUUUGCAGGAGAUAACGGUAGCAUAUACCGGUCCAGCAUGCCCAUUGGCCAAUUCCCAUCCAGCUUCGGUACAUCGUACACAACGGUUAUGAGUGCCGCAACCGACGACCUCUUUGAAGCGGUACAGGUCUACACCGUCUCAGGCCAGAACCAAUAUCUUAUGAUUGUUGAGUGUAUUGGAUCUGUUGGACGGUAUUUCCGCUCCUUUACAGCCACAUCUCUGAGUGGUACAUGGACACCGCAAGCUGCAACUGAGAGCAACCCAUUUGCUGGCCAUGCUAACAGCGGUGCUACUUGGACAAACGAUAUCAGCUCUGGCGAUAUUAUUCGCAGCACAAACGACGAGACGAUGACAAUUGACCCUUGCAACCUCCAGCUGCUAUACCAGGGCAUGGCCGUUGGUUCUACCGGAGAUUAUAAUUCUCUACCAUGGCGACCCGCCGUCUUAACUUUGACCAACCCCGGCUCUAGCACAGGUGGUAGCACUGGAAGUGGCGGCUCAGGCGGCAGUGGAUCUGGUCAAGCAUCACAGUAUGCGCAGUGUGGCGGCCUGGGCUAUGCUGGACCUACGGUUUGCCAGGCACACCAGAGCCCCUAUACAUGCACGUUUGUCAACGAAUAUUACUCGCAGUGUUUGUGA